GGUUAUAAAUAAAUAUAAUUCAUUUCAUUAGUUAUUAUGGCUGUACAAUGUAUGACUGUUUUUGCGAGCACCCCACCUUCAGACGUUUGUCCCGAUGCUCCAGAGUGUAUCGAGCUAGCAUCUAUACAGGAACCAAUCUGUUGGAAUCUUCAGGCAUCUUGCGUUGAUAACAGAUGCUUAUGCCUGAAAGAUGGAUACAAUCCUUGCAACUGCCGACCGGAAGUUGGGGACUGCCAAGUCAAAGUAGCUGAUUACUCUGGUUCAGCUGCAACCGCGUACAUGGGCCGACGACAAAUCAAAACUAACAGUUGUGUGAAGGAACAUCAGGUUUCUCAGCAACAAGUGCACGUGAUAUCCAUGCAUCGCGGGAUUGAAGUUGGGGAUAACAUGGAGGACACAACAGUUGAUGUACAACCACCGAAAGGCGGCAAUCCACAGAAUGCGGUGGUGUUGGUGCUUGCUUCGUAUAAAGCCGUCAGAUGGGUUAUCAACCUGCCAAGCUAUUUAAAUAUCCAUAGGCUCAUAAUUAUUGAAAGUGGACGCUACAACCAACCUGAUGCUAUUCUCAACCUUAACGGCAGUACUAUUUCGAAUCGAGAAAAGCUUUCAACGUCUGUCACUGGAUGGGGGGUUGGAGAUGACAGCGAUGGCUUCGGUAAUACACCCAGUUUACUAAAGUAUCUUCAAGAUCGCUUUGGUGAGGUGACUUCAUUUUCGGGUACAAUAAAAGCAAACAGAUGGAAUAUUUCGAUUGACAUAUUUCCAAAUUUGCCAGAAACUUCAACUUUAUCCCAAGAAUUUCCAACUACUGUUUCGGACAUUGACUCUAGACGUACUACUACGAAUGAUUCACUUGGUGAUUCUACAAUAAACCAAUCAACGACUGUGGAAACCUACUUAAAUGACACUGAUUCUGAUGGGGGUUCAUUCAGCAACUUUUGCCCUGUUUAUAUAUGCGAGAAAAUAUGUCUAUAUGGAUUUGACGUGGAUGAAUACGGAUGCGAAAUAUGCGAAUGCAACACUUCACCAGACGUAAUCUGUCCGGAUAUUAAUUGCCGAAUUUAUUGUGAGUAUGGCUACCAAAGAGGAUCAGAUGGCUGCGAACGAUGUAUAUGCCAACCACCUCCAGGUAAAGUACGGUAG